CUUAAACUAGCUAAUCUAUCAUCCUCAUGUACGUUUCUCAAGUUAACCCCCACAAACAAUUUCUCAAAUACACAUUCACACCUCAAAUAUAUCGGCAGCAUCCCCAGUUUUUCCAAUUAAAUUCAGUAAUUUUCUCUAUACUAAAAUCUAGGGUUCUUAUUUACCCUCUUCUAUCACUUCUGUACAGAGGAAAGGGACCAGGGAAUUUUUCAGAUUAUUUCCCCUUACAAUGAGUGAAGCAACCCAAGGGAACAACUCGUACGAUUCAGCAGGUAUUCCUUUGAAGCGAAAACGAGGUCGCCCACGAAAAGAUAAGAGCUUAUAUUGUGUAGCAAGUGUUCGCCCAAGAAAGCAGGAGAACCUCCUUCGCAUAGAAAAUGCUAGUGUACCAGAGCAUGUUAAUUCAGUCGAGGAUACGAGUAUUAAGGUAGGCCAGGCAGUUACAGGUGUUGUGGAGUCUGUAUUUGAUGCUGGUUAUGUGAUUGCUGUUAAGAUUGGCAAUUCAAAUAUCACUCUAAGGGGUAUUGUUUUUAAGCCUGGACAUUAUGCUCCUGUGACGUCAGAAAACGAUGUGGCCCCACAUCUUCCAAUGAUCAGAGGAAAUGAGACUCGUCAAGCUACUAAAAUUCGGCGUCAGAGGAGACCUAAGGAGAGGCAUCAGCUGAGAGCUGAUUAUUUAGGAAAUGGCUCAUCUGCACAUCCUCUGGCGGCUAAUGUGUUGUCCAGAAGAGACGUGUGCACUGCAAUUGUGGCAGCAGCUCCUUCAGUCCCUUUAGUUGGAGCAAGAGGCACUGUGGUUCCUGUUGUUCUUGAACCAGGUAAUGCAGUUGCAGCGCAAGCUGCUCAUAUGGCAACUUCAAAAGGCAAGAACUUGCAGUCAGUUAAACCACUGUCUACACAUGAUCCAAAAUCACCAGCACCUCAUCUCUCUCUGUCCCAAACAAUUUCCCAUGAAAUGCCAAAAGAUGUGAAUAGUGAAGGUCUUCCCUGUGAACAUGGUUCACUUGAGCUCCAUCAGCAAAAUGCAGACGAAUCAAUGAACUCGAUCAACAUUUGUUUAACAGCUGAAGAGUUUCAAGGAGCUUCACAACCUUCAAGAGCUCAAGAAAUUAGUGACAUGAAUGAGACUCUUUAUGUUGAGCCCCUGCGAACUGUACAUAGCAAUCAGCAUAACCAGUCCCCAUUCACUCCCAUUUAUGUGGGACACAAUGGUGUUGGCAGAAUGACUGAACUUUUGCAGGCUGUCCAGGAAAAUAUAAAGGGGUCUAGGAUUCCUGAAACCAGAGAAGAGGGCCAGCAAGAUUUGAUGUUAUGAAGUGCAAAGCGGGGAGCAAAGAGAAACAUCUUUAAUGAAUCAGUCGUUUUUUAAUGCCCUCUUAGAAAGUGUUAUCUUGUAGAACGUGCACUUUGUGCCCUGUUAGUUUUAGAAACCUGUUGACGUUAGAUGGUGCUUCUGCUUUGGCAAUUUUGUCAAAACAUGUGAAUUAUGUUGUACAUCGUGUUAACAUGUCACUGAUGUUCAAACCUGUAUCAGCUUCUUCUUUUUUCAUUUUCAUUUUUUAGUUUUUGUAAAUACAAUUUUAGGUCAGUCAUUUAUUUUUAGCAUUUAUUAUCA